AUGCCCAGACUCACCCUCACAGCCAACACAAUCCAGCCAACUGAGGCCGGUAGAACAGCCGAGGCUGCCCCUUCCUGCCUCGGUCCCUCGGGCCGAGGUCUGAUGUUCACGAUUGCGAAGCCAGCGUCGGUCGGCGAAAUCUGUCGUCCCGGCAGCGCAUCUCUACGACGACCGCCCAUCCAACCGUCCGGUUUCCACGAUCUGCUGGCCAGCCUGUCAUCGCGAGCCGACACAGUCGAGGCUACUGGUUGCCUGGACAGGCCGGCCAAACAUUUGGCAGCGCCGCCGCUCAGGUCACUCGACGACAUGUCACGAGCGGCCAAACGAACUCGGCAGCUCAACAACAACCAACUUUGGCCCGGCCUCGAAAGGCCUCUUCCCUCCAGCCUUUCGAAGCAACCUCUAGAACAAGAGCAUACUGACGCAAACGAUACCAUUGCACAAUGGGACUCUUCUCGUCCGGCCGGCCAAGACAGAGCGAUGGCUGGGCCAGCCUGGCGACCAAAGCCGGACAAUGACAGGUCGUGCUCGGAGUCGUCGGAUGAUUCCAUUCAGCUCGAG